AUUUCUAUUAAAAUUAAAUAUUUGAAGAAAUAUUAUACUCCAUUAAAUAAGAAUGUUUAAUUAUGCUAUUGAAACUUUAAAAAAUGUUCAAUUCCAAUAAAGUAGACAACAAAGAAGAAUGUUUGUUCCUUUUCCUCGUCACAUGAGCUUCAUUUCUCCGCCAACUUCACUGCUACAGUGCUACUAUUUCCUCUGCUUCAAAACAGGUCUUGUCUUUCACUUAUUCCCCUUCAUUUUCUUCAUUUCAGAGUAAUCCCACUUCAUUUUUGCUUAAAAUAUUUAUGGGUUUUCAUUUUUUGGCUUAAAGACCUUAUCUUUAUCUUUGUACUUACAUUUUCUUUCUUCCAUUGGUUAUUUUUGGUAGAAAAGAGAAAUGGGUUGUUAGUUUUUCCCUUUUUGUUCCAAUUUUUUUGGGUGUUUUUUGGGCCCAAGUUUCUUCCUUUAAUGGAAACUAACAAGGGUUUUUGCAAUUCUUGCCAUUAUUGUGGAAUUUAUUUGCACAUUGUUGUUAUUUUACCAUUUUUGUUGUCAAUAUUGUUGGUUGUUGGAAACCCUAGUAUAGUUUCAGCUGUUGAUAUUUACCCACAAGAUAAAGCUUUAUUAAGUGAGUUUAAAUUGAAGGUAAUUGAACCAGACCCGGGUUUGGGGUCAUGGGUCGGGUCAAAUUGCUCCAGUUGGACGGGUAUCACUUGUGAGAACAAGACGGGUCGGGUGAUAUCCAUGAACCUUAGUUAUAUGAACUUGUCUGGUAUUAUUAGUCCUAGUUUAUGCAACCUUUUAUCUUUGCAAACUCUUGUUCUGUCUCAUAAUAAUUUUACUUCUGUUAUGCCUCCUUGUUUGGGGAGUCUUUUAAGUUUAAGGGUACUUGAUCUUAGUUAUAAUGGACUUGGAGGGUUGCUUCCUGAUUCAUUAAAGAGGUUGAAGCAUUUGAGGGAGCUAAAUCUAAAUGGUAAUAGGUAUUUGAGAGGGAAUUUGCCAUUGUGGAUUGGUAAUUUUUCGCGGUUUCUUGAAAGACUUGAUUUGGGUUCAAACUCGUUCGAAGGAGAGAUACCAAGGAGUUUGUUUCGGUUGGAGUCUCUUAGAUACUUGGACUUUUCGGACAAUAGUUUGUCCGGGAAGCUUGGUGAGUUUCAUCAAUCUCUAGAGGUUCUCAAUGUAGCUUCUAAUCAGAUUUCAGCAACUUUGCCUUGUUUUGAUGCUUGUGAGCAAUCACUUACGAUCCUUAACUUGGCGAACAAUUCAUUUGUUGGAAGGAUUCCGUCUUGUAUGUCCUCACUUCGAGGUUUGAGACAACUUAAUCUGUCCAAUAAUGGGUUGAAAUAUGGAAUCUCACCAAUCUUGGUGUUUUCGGAUAAACUUCUAGCUUUGGACUUGAGUUACAAUCGGUUAUCAGGUCCUCUUCCGAGCAAAAUCGCAGAAACUACAGACAAGUCUGGGCUUCUUGUUCUCGAUCUGUCACACAACCAGUUUUCUGGUGACAUUCCUCAAAAAAUCACGGAGUUGAAAAGCUUACAGGCAUUAUUUCUCUCGCACAAUUCACUUACCGGUGAAAUUCCUGGUAGCAUUGGAAAUUUGACAUAUCUCCAAGUCAUCGAUCUCUCGUACAACUCUCUAUCGGGUUCGAUCCCUCUGAACAUUGUUGGGUGUUUCCAGCUCCUUGCGUUAAUACUUAGCAAUAACGGUCUUUCUGGUGAAAUACAACCCGAGCUUGAUGCACUGAAUAGUUUAAAAAUACUAGAUAUUAGCAGCAACAAGAUCUCGGGUCAAAUACCCCAAACCUUAGCCGGAUGUAGAUCCCUAGAAGUUGUCGAUUUCAGCGCCAAUAGUCUCUCAGGACCUCUAAAUGAUGCAAUGAACAAAUGGUUGAAUCUCAAGUUUUUAUCGCUAGCUCAAAACAAGUUCGAAGGUUCACUUCCUAGUUGGCUCUUCACAUUCCCGUCCAUCAGAACAAUCGACCUUUCGGAGAACAGAUUUUCUGGCUAUAUACCCGAUGGUACCUUCAACGUCAGUAAGAAUUUCAACAAUGCAGCUAUAAGUGGUAUUAGUGGUGAUGGGAAUUCGGUAUCAGUUAAAAAUAAGAUCCGAAUUGCCGUUAUGGUAAUGGAUAAGAAUGAGCUAAGUUUCGCUUACGGUCUACUCUCACCCGUGGGAAUCGACCUAUCAGAUAAUCAGCUAAAUGGUGAAAUACCCGAAAGUCUAUUCACCUUACAUGGUUUAGAUUAUCUUAAUCUGUCCUAUAAUCUUCUGGAGGGUCAGAUCCCAGUGGAUUUAGAAAAGAUGUGGAAUUUAAGGGCUCUUGAUCUGUCUCACAACUCCUUAUCAGGUCCUCUUUUGGCUAACAUUUCAAGCCUCCAAGAGCUUAUUAUUCUAAAUUUUUCGUACAAUUCACUGUCGGGUUUUGUCUCGAGGAAACAGGGGUACUGGAGAUUUCCCGGAGCGUUUACAGGGAAUCCAGCAUUAUGCAUUGAGAUCUCAGCUGGGAAAUGCCAACCACCGACAAUUCCUGAACUUCCAGGAGAUAAAUUCAAGGGUGAUUUGGAAGAAGGGCCAAUUUCUGUGUGGGUGUUUUGUACAACUGCUGGUGUAACUUUCUAUGUGACUCUGAUUGCUCUCUUUUGUUGGCCAAGAUCAAGAAAUUAUAUCCUUAGAUCCAAAGUUUAGGUGCAUUGUAUAGAGAACAGAAAUUUUUUGUAUAUUUGUGUGAUUUUAUUUGAUUUUGAUUUCUCUAAGAUCAAUUGGAGCUUUGAUCAUCACCUUUUGACUGUUUGUUCUAACUUGUAUGAGAUAGUAUGUAUAAGGGACAAAACUUCAAUAUGAUAAGGAUUUUAUACAACGUUUGAAGGUUAAUUAAUCCUUAAAGAUAUAUUUAUAUGCAUUAAUUGCAUCACU